CCCCCGAGAGCCGCCCGGAAGUGGCCGCCGGAAGGCCCAAGGGACCGGUCCGCACGUUGCUCUCAGCACUGGGGCGAGGGAAGCCUCGGGUGAGGGAACUGAAGCACAGAGAACUGAAGCCACGCUGUGUCUCUUGUCCGAUUAAAGCAGAGUCCGGAACCGAGGAAGCAGGGGAGAGCCCAAGACUCCAGAAUUCGCAUCCAGUGUACCAGAUCGGAACAGACCCUGUAGUGGCUUGCUGCUUCCUAUCACCACACCAAAUGCUGUCCAAGUCGGUGAUCAUGGAUUACUUUGCCCAGCCAGGAUCGCUCAGCCUGGUGGCUGGGGUUGCCUGUGGCAUGUGCUUGGGCUGGGGCCUCCGAGUUUGCUUGGGGACCAAACCCCCGAGCCCUGCCAACAAGAUAAGCCCAGAGACCACGACCGAAGCAAACAUCAUGGGGGAGAGCGGGGAAUUUAAGAUGAUCCUCGUGGUCCGCAACGACCUGAAGAUGGGAAAGGGGAAGGCGGCCGCCCAGUGCGCUCACGCGGCCGUCUCCGCCUACAAGCAGCUCCAGAGGAGAAACCCGGGGUUGCUCAAAGAGUGGGAAUAUUGCGGCCAGCCUAAAGUGGUAGUCAAGGCUCCGGACGAGGAGACGCUGGCUGAACUAUUAACUCACGCCAAAUUGCUGGGGCUGACUGUGAGUUUAAUCCAGGAUGCCGGCCGUACUCAAAUAGAAGCGGGAUCCAAGACUGUCCUGGGAAUCGGCCCGGGUCCCGCAGACUUGAUCGACAAAGUAACUGGUCACUUAAAGCUUUACUGAGCUGGAUUUUUGACGGUGGUGACAACUCAUGGAGGGAUGGGGGAGGGUGGGUCCCACCUGUAAUAUUCUAACAAUAAAAGCCAAACUGCCUCUUUUUCUUACCCAAACGAUUCUCAA